AGCGGGGGCGCCGGGCCCAGGGCGCGUAGGCCUACCUUCCCGCUCUGCUCCUCGGCUCCUGACGACCUGCAGGAGGGAGGCCUUGGGCGCGGGCACGUGCCAGGCGGCGCCGGGCACGACAGGUGUCACGGCGGGCCAGGGGCUGGGCGCAGGAAAUGCCAGGCGUGUGAUGUCACUCGGGGAGAAAAGGGCACUCGCGGGGGACGUCCCGAGGGCGACGUCGGGGCGCUGUGGCCCGCGAGGCAGGCGCCCUUGGCAGCUGGCGGGGAGGCGGCCCCUCGGCGCCCUGUCACUUCCCUGGUGUCUGAACUGGACGCGUCAUUUGUGCCGAGGAGAAUUGGGCCUUUGUUUUGGGGCGCUUGAGCUGAGGCCGCUGCCACUUGGGCGACAGACGUCUGGACGAGAGGAGUGUUCUCAGUGGAUAGACAUUUUGCGCUUGGGUGGCAAGCGAUCGUCUGGGUUUGUGUUGCGAGUGGCUGGAAAUGCAAGCAAUCGUGCGACUUUUGAAACUUGAGGUGACGGCAGGUCUGUCAUGUGAUCAGGACGCACUUGGCAUGGCCAAUGGUACCAACAAACCAGGUUACAUGAGCAGUUUUAUGUCAUUCCUCGAAAACCAAGAUUCAGGCGAUAAGCCCAGCACUACCACGGGAGACCCAGGGGAAAACCAGUAUGACCAAGAUUCACAAGAGGGAGUGGGCCAGGAGGAAUCAAACGCAGCCACCUCUGAAAUAACAUCCACUGGUGUGGAGAUCGACCCCCCAGAGGAGGAUAUAACACCCACAGACCACACCCCUGCAGAUCCAGACCCCGCAGUACAAAACACAGAAGUAUCAGCCAACACAGACUCCAGUGAAAAGCCUUCAGGCACGGAUGGAGAAAACACCAACAGUUCAGAGUCCACCACAAACAGCGAUGCGGGAGAAAUUCCUGCCAGCGGCCGUCGUAAUGUAGCGCGCAGAGGACGACGGCGAAGCUCUGGGAUGUCAGGAGGCAUGUCACCUGGCAGUGGAGUAAUCCCACAGAGAGAGACACCACGCAGAGCAGCGCGGUCAGUCCAGCGCUACGGGAACAUUGAACCAGAUGGGUAUGGGGACUCUGACCCAGACUUCCACUUGUCAGACUCCGAUGACGAUCCCGAUUUCAACCCCAUCAACAGAAAGCAGGCAGCUGUUGGGAGCGAUGAAGAAGAUUUCAAACCGCGCAGAGGACGUGGGAGAGGAAGAGGGUUUGGCAGUGUGAGAGGUCGUGGUGUGGGUCGGGGCUCAGGGGGAGUCAAACGAGCACUAGACACGAGUGGCAGUAAAAACGACUCCGUUUCGGACAAACUCACCUCCCCAUCUUCCACGGUCAAUCCUCCUAAGAGGCGAGGGCGUCCGCCGUUGUACCCACAGACCUCUCCUUCCAGUACAGUGCCCAGCGGCGACGACAAUACAGUGUCCAGUACGGAUGAUAAGAAUCCACCAUCAAAGCUGAGCUCUGCCUACAACUAUGCCGUCGCUCGCACUCAGCGUCAAAACCAGACCAUUCGGCUACCAGAGGGUCCGCAGCUUACUGCUGAACAGCUUGAGAUGGUCGAAUCUCAGUUUAAGAGUGGAGAUUUCGUGAUGGCCAAAAGGGACAUGGACAUGAUGGAGAACCCACCCAUAUGGAGGAUUGACGGAAAGUCUCUCCUGCAGAAGUUCCAGGCAUUCGAAAAAGACGGAAAAACAUUAUACAGGAACAUAUCAACGUACUCCGGAUGGACUUCACAGGCGAAAGCUUUAUACGUGGGAGUGAAGGUAACGUUCGUGUUCCAGUCGCGGUAUGAUACCGUCGUGGAGCUUGUUGGUAUCAAGAACGGGGAGGAGGAACCAGAGAAGCAAAAGGAGGAAGAUGAGCCAACUUGGAGUGCAGUCAAAAACCAACAGCAAGAUUUUGAGAUCUCUGAAGAGUUGCGUUCACACAUGCCGAGCUUUGAGAUAUACCUUCAAACCCUCAUUUCUCAAGCUCUUGAUAAUAACUUCCUCAUGGAGAUAUAUGAAGAAAAUGAUGAUUACUUUGUGGAAAGAGUGAAAGUCAUUGAUGAGUUAGCAGAACAGAGAAAGAGAAAGGUCCUUGAAAUAGUCCAGUGGAAUGAACAGUUUCGGAAUUCCUUGGACACCUGGCCGUGCAUAAACGUUAUGAUUACCAAAAACGCUGAGCAGUGCCAAGCGUGUUCCAAAGCGCCGGCCACCAAGCUGUCUCAGCUCUAUGGGCAGCCGUACAACCAACAGACGCUACGAUCUCGAGAACCCAUGCCUUCAGAAAUCGAUGCCAAGAACUUUGAGGUGUGCGAUCGGUGCUCUAACAUCUCGCAGAUGUACAAUAAAGUGUCCCACCAGAAGUACGAUUACUAUUCUCAAUGCAAGUCGACCGUGACCAAUAUGCGGGUGACCCAUCCCGACAAGCACACAACAACCAUCCUCAGAGACUUGCUAGCCAAUGACCAUUGGAUCAUGGGGUUGUUCCGGUCAAUGUGCACAACAUGGAUCAAGGUGGACAGACUUUACCAGGAGGAAAUGGAAAAUUUAAAAGAAAAUGAAAACGAUACAACGUGAUUGGUAGCUGAACAGUGAGAAACAAAACAGACAGACAAAAGAAAUAAAUCGAAGAGUUAAUCCUGCUGUUCGAACCGUGUUUGUGAUGGAUUUUGUAGGGGGAGAAAAGGACGAGAAACGAAAAAAGUAACAGAAGUGUAAUAGGAACAGUUUUAAGAUAUUAACUAAUAGAAAAAAAUGUAUAUUAAAAGGAUUACCAGUGAUGAGUUUGCAUGGUUGGUCGAAACCAGCAAGUUGGAUGGCAUUAAUAAAUAAAAAAGCAUGAGGUAAUACUUCUUCAGCAUCAAACCAUCAAACAAGCUUUGUGUCAGUUCUGUUCCAUGUCAAAAUUUCUUUUUAAUAUUAGAAUAUAAAGAUGUACGAAAGUAGCAGUGCUUGUUGUCAAUUUUUAUAUUUGAUAGAAUAAGUGUGGAAACACCUCACAGGGCACUGGUAACCAGGAAAAUCCCAAGCAAAUUUUAACGAAGGAACGCUGAGUCAAGUUUCAUGAUGUGCACAAGACGUCAUGCAGUGAAAUUGGAAAAGAAAUCAUUACAUACUUCAUGUUCAUUUGAGAAGGGAUGAAAAAAAUAAAGAGAAGGGAAUAUGAAGGAAGCUAUAGUGACAGAAAUACUUAUAGGAUUUCCAGACACUGUUGGAGAUGAUUAAGUGCAGAGGGCAAGUGCAAGUAUUAUGCAUUCACAAAGAUCAGGUGUGCUCUGACUACUGUCCAAAAGUUAGUGAGACGUUGAACUGCAAGAUGAUGAUGUGUAUAAAGUGAAGACUGAUAACUAACUGUUCCACUGAAGCAAGUUAGCCAGCAACUAGGAAAAAACUGGUCCCUUUUUUUUUUCUUUCUUUCUUUCUUUCUUUUUUUUUUUUUCUUUUUUUUUUUUUUUCUUUUUUUUUUUUUUUGACUCAAGUAGUUAUAGUUGAAGUCAAAAGUGAAAGUAAAAGUGUAUAUAUAUAUAUUUCUAAGAAAUACAAAAUCAUGAAGGGAGGCGAGUGAACAUUACCCUAUGGAAAAGCAAAAGGUGGAAAAGGAAAGAUUACCACCCCAUUUUUAACGUUUGUGCGAAGAGGCAUAUUUUCCGGCAUACGACUGAAGGAGAGGAUCAGAAGUUGAUUUGAAGAUACAGUAGAACUUCUUUAAACCGUGAAGUGGGGCUCCUUGACUUCAGUGACUGUAAUAGUAUCCUAGUUUCCAUCAGAAUAAGUUUAGAAAUGGUGACCUGAUUGUAAUGCAAACUUCCAGCAAUCUUCCUCAACCAAAUUUUCUCAUAGGAUAUAAAAGUCUGUAUGUAUUUAUUUAGAAAUAUUGACAAAUACAUGUUGUCAUUGUGGCCAAAAUCCUCAACUCUGUUAAAGCAAUAUUGUGCAGUCAGUUCUACCACCAAAAAGUUAUUGAGAGUGUGUAUAUCUGAAUUUCAGAUUAUAUGCUCCAAGUUACUCUAGUAAAAAUUUGUUUUAAAACAUUGUUUUUCAGUGAAUCAUUGUCUCGUAGACUGGGAAGCCCAUGGGAUAGCGUUAUUUGUUUUUAGGAGUUCUACAGUAUGGUCAUGUUGAUGUUACACUAAAGAACUAUUCCAGUACUGUUAUGGAAGUGAUACAAUGGUGGGUCAUGGGGAGUUCUUUGUGCUCACCAGUGGAGAUUUCAUGUCCUGAAUACCUUGUGCUUUUGCUGAAGACCUGUCAUUUACUGUAGUUGCUGCUAUGAUGAGCUGUUCUUGUGGUAAAUUAUAUCUACAGCUACCAGUAUAAUACUUGUUCUAGAGAGCUGGAAAAGCCUUACACAAAAGAAAAGGGAAGAGAAAUGAUAUGAAAGUACAGAGAGACCAGAAGGAGAAAAGCAUUUCCUGCAACCUGAGAAUGCGAUAGUAAUAUCAUAAUAUCAUUAGAUGUAGUUCAGAUUAAAUGCUGUAGAGAUACUCAUACUUGAUAUUACAAGGAGAAGAACAAGAGAUGGGUAAGAUGUCAGUUCGUGCAAUGCGAUGGUGUUCAUUAUAUUUAUUUUUUCUUCCAGUGGCAUUGUCUCUUGCAUUAACUUUUUUUUUUUUCUCUCUCUCUCACUCUCUCUCUCUCUUUCUCUCUCUCACCUUUUCUCCCUUAUUGAUGGCAGAGGUACACAGAUAAACCUUUCAUCCUUUAAUGGUGAUACCGAGUGACUUUAAGAUAAGGUGAAUUUUAUUUACAGACCUUGGCUUACGAUUGUAAAAUGAAUAAUCAUCAGUGAGCGUGACUUGUUUCAAGAACUCAUAUUCACUAGAAAUAGCAAGCCUGGGCAAUUACUUUAGAGAAUUUUUAUUCAUGUUGUUGGCACAACUAGCUAGCAAGCUAGGUAAAGGAGCUAAAAAGUAUAAGCAUGGAAACUAAACUGCUGACCAGGGUAUCAAGGGAACAGUCGCCUAGAAUCGUGAACCAUCUCAUUUUUAUUUGACUUAUCUUAAGUUAUUGUAAAUCUGGAUCCUGGUGUUAUCUCAAAAGUAUUUUUUAUAUAUCACAACCUGGACCUGUAAUAUGAUGAUGAAGAUGAUGAGCACAUUCUCUUUUAUCCUUUACAUUUCUCAGUUUCUGUGCGUCUAAAUUAAAAUAACUGAAAUUUUUGUAGCGUCAUGGAGUUUACAGUUCUGUCCUCAAAUUUUUUUUGUUUUUCAAGGGGUCAUGUUAUAUUUAAGGAAAAUAUGCUUUUUAUUUCCUUUGUCUUACUGUAAAUUGUUGUGCCAAAUGUGGGAAAGCUCAAAUUCACAGAAGUAAUAUGUUAAUUUGCAGUAAAGUUGUUCUGCAAUUUUAUUUUUGUUAUACAGUUUCUUUAUAAUAGAAACACAAAGCAGGUACAGAUUGCAAUGAAGUUGGAGGAAACACACAAAAACAAAAGUGAUGGGUGUAAUAGCUGUUAAGUUUGAUGGAUCUUCGUACUGUGAUUAUGCUCUGAAUUGUUAACAAGCGUUCGUUAUGCCAGUACAAUGUCCUGCAAUGUAUGGCAGAGCUGGAGUUGCCAUGACUUGCCUCUCUUAAAGCCAGUCAUGGUAAAUAUGCUGGGUAUGGAAUAACACAGGUAGCACAAAUGGUCUGUUCCUGAGUUGAGGUAAAACAAAGGCCCUAAUUUGCAAAGAAGAUCAGUCAUCUUCUUUGGCAAGUUAUAGCUACUUUUUUUUCUUUUCUUUUUUUUUCUUAUGGACUCUGAGGAAUGAAAGCAAACAAUUUUUGGUUAGAUUUAAAAUAACCAGGAAAGAUUUUCGUUCUAGAAAGAUCUUUUGUAUUUGUGAUAUCUACUGCUUUUAGAGUUCAUUAUUGAAUGAUAUCAGAGUGAUUUUAAAAUGGCAGUUGUUGAGUAGAUGGGUGAGAAAAUUAGAUUCUCAUAUGUUUACACAAGUUUUGUUUUUCUUUAUGUAAUGUUGAGAUUUAAGCGAUGGUAAUACAUGCAAGAAAGAUGUGGAUUAUUCAUGGGGUUAGAAAAAAAGAAAAAGAGUUGACAGGUUCUUGUCUGAUUAAUAAAGGGAUCCUCUUUCUGAAAGCAUUUGACAGGUGAAUAUUUUUUAUUAUAAAGAUAUUUUAUAUGGAAAUGUUUUCUGGGGAAAGAUGAGUACCUUUCCAAGCUCAUUUUGAUUGGUCUUCCAUUUUACGUUUAUGCAUUAUACUCUGCUUUAAAUCAGUUUUAUCAUUCUUCUUACUUCUCUUGGUCUGACUGUUGAAAUGUCAAAAAUGUGAUUCAAAGAAAUGAGGAGGAAGGCAGUAGUACCCUCUGCCGCUAUUUCCUUUCUUCAACCUCACUUGUGUUUGUCUUUGUUUUUUACGCAUAAUAUAUAUCUGUGUUUGUUUGUGUGUGCGUGCGUGCGUAUGAGUAUGUGCAUAUGAGCGUGUGCAUGAGUGUGUGUGUGUGCACAUGUGUACAUGUAUAUGUACUUAUAUGUACAUGUUUAUGUCUGUAUAUAUUUUCACAUAGAUUGCAUGGGCCUGGUGUUUAUUACCUUGUUCUCUGCCUUUCAGUAUUGAUGUGUAAUGGAAGAAGGCUCAGUUUUUCUGGUGUAUGUGUGGAUACAAGACAUGGACUAAGGCGAGAAUUUCCUAUUUUUAUGUUGUGGUAUUUGAUAUAUUUUGUAUUUUUAUAUGUACUGUCUUCAGUUAAGUAACUGUUUUAUCAUUUUUUUUUUUCUCUUUCUUUCUUUUUACUUGUUGAAUAUUCAUAUUUUAUUUUGUGGACUCCAUUUAUCUUCUCCUAGUAGAGAAAAUCAUUCUUGUUCUAUUUAUACUCAUACUAAAACAGAAAAAAGUGUAUCAUCACAAAGUGUUUGUAGAAUGAAGCAGCCUGCUUUUCUCUCUCUCUCUCUCUCUCUCUCUCUCUCUCUCUCUCCCUCUCCCUCUCCCUCU